ACUCAACGGCCGCAUUCGCUACACAGGCUUUGUCCGCCGACUGAACCCCAGGAGUUUUAUCACCUAACCUCACUGAAAUCCAACGCAAAAUGGGUGAGCCCGUAACCAUGACCAACGAGCAGCUCCAUGCGCUGAUCGAAGCGGUGCGGUUGAGCGCCACUAGUGCCGCCGGAAAUGCAGCAGCAGCCGGCGGAGCAGAUGCCCAGGGCGCCAAGGUCAAGGGCAGCUUCGCUGCGUGCACACACAAUUUCGGCGGUACCCGCGAUCACGACGUGGUCGAGGAGUUCAUCACCAACAUCUUGAUCUACAAAGAGCUGGAGAGCAUCAGCGAUGAGAACGCCCUCAAGGGUAUCUCGUUGCUGUUCUACGGACUGGCGAGCACCUGGUGGCAGGGCGUCCGCAAGGAGGCCACCACCUGGAACGACGCCAUCGGCCUCAUCCGCGAACACUUCUCGCCCACGAAGCCCGCCUACCAGGUCUACAUGGAGUUCUUCCAGAAGAAGCAGGAGGACCACGACCCCAUCGACACCUUUGUGGUCCACAAGCGGGCGCUGCUGGCCCAGCUGCCCAGCGAUCGCCACGACGAGGAGACGGAGCUGGAUCUGCUGUACGGCCUGCUGAACAUCAAGUAUCGCAAGCACAUCGCCCGCCAGAGUGUCCAGUCGUUCAAGGACCUCCUGGAGCAGGGCCGCAUCAUCGAGCACAACAACCAGGAGGACGAGGAUCUGGCCGCCGCGUCGAAGAACACCCGUGGCUCCAAGCGAACCAACCGCUGCACCUACUGCAGCUUCAGGGGCCACACCUUCGACAAUUGCCGCAAGCGCCAGAAGGAUCGGCAGGAGGAGAAUCAGGAGGAUUAGGUGGCCACACAAGCCCACACACAUCUCGGGGGCGUCGGCCACCACAUGACAUCACCACCGGUGGUUCCGCCCCCACCACACCAAAAUAAUUCAGAACUUUUCGUGGCCACACUGGCCGUUCGACGUCAGCGAGAGCCCAACAUCCGGAGAGAGAGGCAGCAACAUGUACGGCAGCAACACCACCAGCAGCAACAUGCACGGCAGCAACAAGCCGCCUGCAAUCUCAAUCUCCUCCAACUCACUGGCAAUGGGCGUGCCGGUAAGCCUCGAUCAGCUUCUAAAACCCGUAAAAUCACGCUGUUUGUAUUACUCUUCGUAUUACCUCGAAAACGGCUCUACUUUUUCAAUAUUUCACGCCGCCCAGUCGGCUGUUUUGGCACAGAACGCCAGCACUUGAUCAGCAAUUAUUUCAAUUGCAACAUUGAACUUUUGUAUUUACAACUUCAACAAGAAGCGCUUCGAGAAUUAUUGGGCUGGGGCGGCUGAAGAUCAGGCAUUUCGUCCGAAAAAUCGGUUAUUCGCAAUGGAGAAAUAUUAAGUUUCAAACCAGAGGCACCGCCUCGAGUUUGAAAUUUUUGUUUUGACAUUGCGACUCCGAACGGAUGUUGCUUGAUCUUCAGUCGCCCCCAAUACCCGAUAAUUCUCAAAACCGCUGGCUCCACUUUGUGCCGCUCAGCGAAAGAAAGGCGAUAGUGGCCAGGAGAGAUAUAUGAUCAGUAUAUUGAAAAAUGUACGGAUUAUAUAUCGUUUUAGCCACCCUUAUUUGCUGCUUUUUCGACUGAUCCUGGUCCUUUGUGAAGCUGGCAAAAAACCCCCCGCCCGGUGAUCGCCCACUUAGAUCCUUUUGCACGUGACAUUGGCAGCCCCGAGGGGCGGCUACUCCCAUUUCCGGUUUCAGCUUCGGCUGCUUCCGGUUGCGGAAGUCGUAACCCCUCGCUAUGUCUCUGGUGCGAGUGGAGCUACAGUGGGCGUGAAACGGGCAAAACCAGAAUUUCCUCGGAAAUUCAAAAACCAACCAUUUGACUUUCGUCAAAUUCCAAUCGUUACCACAUAGCACUACGAUGGCUACCGAAUCGCCGUCCGUGCGGUUGGCACGUCUAAUUGUCCCAUACGGUAUUACGGGUGUAGGGCUGUUUAACAUUUCACCCCUGCGAUUCCGCGACAAGCUCUAGGCACGCCAUUACCCAAAAAAAAAACACCAGGGGCUGGGUCUCGUCACUGCCACGCCCCUCCAGCUGGCACCGACUCGCCUUGCCCCCCCAUGCAAAACCAGCCUCUUGUGCAGAUGACAUAGGCGCGUAUAGCCAUCCGACCCGGAACAGGAACUCUUCCGGAAUAUGGUGGUCAGACUUGAACCGUGCGCCAUCAUCUGGAGACUUGGCCACAAGCACACCGAUAGUUUGACCCGCGAUCCUCACAUUGAAACCAAGCGUGGGGCCUAUUGAUGACCGCAAGUGGCUGCGUGUAACCGCAAACCAAAUUCAACAUGAAAGACUGAAUCCAGAAAACAUUAAACCACAAAAACUAAAAA